UUGUUCACUGUGAAAUUUUAGGGUUCUAAUUUUCGAGACUUAUUCUCCCCCUUUUGAAAAUAAGAUUCCUGUUAUCGUCUUUAAGUAGUAGAAUGUUUUGUCACAAUCAAUAAUACUCCAUGUUCAUGUUCGUUUCCAGUUUCCCUUAAAACCCUAGAAGCUAAAAUCGGAAGAGACGACAUCAUCUAUGCAUAAUUCCGAUUGUCCAUCUUCGUCUAUGUCAGCAACUAAAGAGCAGACAUGUCCCAUGCCAGACUGGUCACUUCUCCCUGAAGAGCUACUGCACAUUAUUGCCAAGUAUCUUGAGGACGAUGACUACUGUUUCGAUGUUGUUCAUGCUCGCUCUGUUUGCACCUCAUGGCGAUCCAUCUUCCCCUUUCCUUCUUGCCUCUUACGCCCAAAAUAUCAUCUUCCCGCAUUCUCCGAUGAAAGCCAAGACUUCUGCACCCUCGAGAAGAUCCCUGUGUUCCUGUUUAGAGUCUUAACUCCUCCUUCUGCAUCACAUUUUGAGUAUUUUCUAGGAGACAUCGGCCGUGAUAACUCAGAUGAUCAUAUGGUGUUUCCAUCUCCCGUUCAGUGUUCAGUGAAACUGAGGAUCCCAGGACUUGAUCCAACCUCGAUAAACAUACGCGACUGUCAGAUUCUCUCUUUGGGUUAUCAGUACAGAAUGAUCGGUUGGGAUGCUGCAUCACAUAAAACAGAUUACAGAGGUGUGGCUUUUCUUCCACUAGACAAGGAUGGUGGAGGAGACUUCGUUGUGCUCCUCAACUACUCUAGAGUUUUGUUGGUGUUGAGAAGUUCUGAAAUGAGGUGGUACCGGCUUGAAGAACUCUCAACUGGUACAUGCUCAAAUUUAUUCACUUUUAGAGGUAGAUUUUAUGCAAUCUAUAUGAAUGGGGACAUGUUCGCUAUCGAUCCUUAUUCGCUGGAAGCUACUCCCUUGUUACCUACACCACCUCAUAACCAUUCCCAGUAUCUAGUUCCAUGUGGUAAUGAUGAGUUUUUCAUGGUUGAGAAAAUCAUUCCUCUUACUGGUAUAAUAAGUUUUCACAAGCUAGCAUGCAAAGUAAGUAGGCUAGAUGAGGAAGUUGGCAAAUGGGUCGAGGUCAACGAUUUAGGAAACCGUGUGUUGUUUUUUGGAGAUUUGGGAAAUUGCUCUUUCUCAGCUAAUAGGCUUCCUGAUGGUUGUGGUGUGAGUGGGAAUUCAUUGUUGUUCACCAAUGGUCCCGGCUAUAUAACAUACGCCUAUAAAUAUGGAGCACCUACAGAAAACGCUGAAGACGACCUCAAUUUUUGGAGAUACUUUAGAGAGAAUCAAGUGAUGAUUCUUAGCACAUCUCCUCCUAUUGUAGCUCUCCGGAUUGAGCGCUAAGAUGUAAAUGGAUUGAGGUCAGUGUUUGGGAGACCGCUUGUUUUUUAUUGGAAACUUUGGAAAUCUCUUUUGAACAGCUAAGGAGCAGUUGUGGUGUGAAUGGGAACUCAAUUUUGUUCACUAAUGGAGGCAAUGUAACUUUUGCCUACAAAUGUGGAGUUCAUACGGGAAGGGGAGUAGAAGAUGUCAAUUUUUGGAGAUUCUCAAGAGAGAACUGUGAGAUGAUCCACUACAGAUCUUCGGUUGUGGCUCUUCGAGUUGAGUGUCAAGAUGAAAAUCGUGCUUUUGAAUACCUGAGGCAUACUGUUGGUUUUUUUUUUUUGAUUAGUUCACAAGCAACCUUAUCCUUUGAUAUUAUGUAUUGUAUGUAUAUUUUGUAACCCAGGGUUGUGGAGUGUUUGUCUAGUGCGACUGUGAUAUGUUGAAGACUACAUAACCGUAUUGAAGUUUUUUUUUAUUUUUAAAA